UUACUUAUUUCACACCAUUAAUUAUCUUCUUGUAGCCUAUGAUGCUGAACUAGCUAUGCACAUAAAUAAUAACCGUUUUGACAAUGCACACAGAUCCCUUUUAAUUUGGACAUUGUAAAUCAUUCAGGAAAUUUACAAUUAACAACUAUUAGUAUUUUUUUCACAAAAUAGGUGAAAGUAGGGGGAAAUAAUUGCUUGCCUGGUCAAACGUUACACUCCAUGUAAUUAGUCGUUACAUACACUGCUCAUCUUAAUAAGGCUUUUUAGAAGAACCAUACAUGUUUUUUGUUUUACCAAUAAUGAGUGCACAUGUAUUGGGCUGAAUUAGUAUGAUUUCAUUUCGAUUUAAAACCUGAAAUUGUUUUCAACUCUCUCAUUCAUCAAUGUCUUUGGGUGCGUUCGUAAAUUGCCUCCAGUGUGUCAGUGGCUAUGUGUCGAUUGUAAAUUCAGAGCGUUGUCAGAUUGUCAGUUCAUAAAUUCAGAGGCUUCGCUCUCGGAGUGUUCAGAGCGCACACUGGACGCUCUGGCGGAGGAGUAGGGUUGAUCCGAGCGUUCUGACCUCACGACAGCAGUCAAGCACCAAAGCUAACUGGAUAAAGUUGGCUCGCUUACUUGCUACUUCCAGACAAAAUGAGAAAACACCUCACUCUGACCAUUUUACUCGCCCUAGCGGAGUUGAUUAACCUGUUGUCAUGUUAUCUAGAGCGUUAGUAACUGUAACUGUGCUGCUUGCAACAUUUAAUAACGUAUUUUUUUUCCUCCGACGUUUACUGACACCGGUCAUAUUCAACGGGUGUUGCAAGUUUGUAAAUGAAUGAGUUAUUCUGUGCUCUGGCACACAGACGAGAAGGCUCUAAAAUCGGAGUAGAUAGAGUGAAUUUACAAACGCACCCUUUGUUAGACAUUUUUGUUUUAGAUUAGAAAUGCCAACGGAACAAGGACUGCAAAUGCACCCUACAAAACUGUAGUAGCCUAUGUCAUGUUUGGCAAGGCAGGGACAUACCCUUUGUGUGUGUGUUUCUCAUUAACAAUGGUAAGGUAUCUCUGCUACAAAUCAAUCCGAAAUCAUUGCUCGAUCGAGUAACUCAUGAGAAAACAUAUUAUACAAACUAGGCACAGUAUAGGAUUUUAUGUAUACCUAAUUUUGGAAGAAGUAUUGUGACUCUGUUCUGUUAUUCUGCAUUGAAGGUUUUGAAGAAGAAGGAAAAGGGUGAUUUUAUUGGCAUCGUGUAGACUACGCCUAUGGGUCUGCUAUCACGAUAGAGCACCUUUCACAGAACGUGUGCUAUGUCACUGUCAGACACGGUCAAGACUUGAAGGAGCACCUUUCACAAGAACUGUCUUGACUUGUCCCGCAUUCUCAGGUUGCAGAAUACAAUGAGGGGGAAGUGUGUGGCAUUUGUCUACAAUCGGCUUUUUAAAGGACACUAGCUAGGUUUCCAUUCAGUUCACGACAAUUGGCAACAGAAUAUUCUAAAAUCAGAAUAGAAACAAUAGCCUAUGUACAUUUUCCCACCAGAGAUGUUUCCAUAAAAUUAAUUCGUUGCGGGAAAAAAAGCUGUGCGGGAUGACGUGUGCAAAUUAAAACAACUUUUGCGGUUAAACACCCAUUUACCAAAAUAAUAAAUACAAGAUAAAUGGGUUUCCAUCGCAUUUUCAACACUGAUGGUUUUGCCCCCCCCCCCCCAAAAAAAUGUAUAUAUUAUAUAGCGAAUGUGCACACUCUUGUCUUGGUAUGUGCGCUCUAGCGAACAGCUCCCGGAUAGGCCUACAGUCCGGGUAGACUACCUACAUGAUGCAAUUAUUUAUGGAGAAGAGCGAGAUUAUUUUUAUUUGUCAAAUGAUAGCCAAGCACGAUCAUCAUGUCAGCAGAAUAAGACUAUCGAUAUUUAUUGGAAAGGAACAUCAAGCUCAUCACCUUCCACCACCAUGUGAAGUUCAUCAUCUGUAGCCUAAUAAACUGCAUGCUUUCUCGACCCGAUUUCUAGUGGAAAGACAUCCCACCAUAUCAUCGCAUGACUCCCAAAUUUCGAUAUGAUGAUGAUAUUUUAUCAAUAUUUGCGCAUAAAAGCGUUUCCACAGCCAUUUCUUGCAUAAUUAACUUCACCAACUCAAAAAGUUAUCAAUUUAUCUAGCUUGUUUUGUCCACAUUUUGACAUUUUAUGACACAUUUUAAGCCAUCCGGCCUGUCAUGACAUUUUUUAUCCAACAUAUACAGUGCAUUCGGAAAGUAUUCAGACAGACCCCUUGACUUUCACAUUUUGUUUCAUUACAGCCUUAUUCAAAAAUGGAUUAAAUCGUUUUCCCCCCUCAUCAAUCUACACACAAUACGUCACGUUCGUCAUAGUGAUAAGACCAAGGCGCAGCGUGAUAUAAACACAUUCCUCUUUAAUUAACGAAGAACACAAACAAAACGAACCUGCCGCUAUGAUAAACCGAGUGCUGACAUGCAACGACACAUAGACAAUAACCCACAAAACCAACAUGGAAAAUGGCAACCUAAAUAGGAUCCCCAAUCAGAGACAACAAAAAACAGCUGCUUCUGAUUGGGAACCAAUUCAGGCCACCAUAGACCUACAUUUACCUAGACAUACCAAAACCCCAUAGAUAUACAAAAAAAAUCCUGGACAGGUCAAAAACACACAUACCACCCUCGUCACACCCUGACCUAACCAAAAUAAUAAAGAAAACAAAGAUAGCUAAGGUCAGGGCAUGACAGUAUCCCUCCCCCCAAAGGUGCGGACUCCCGGCCGCAAACUUAAACCUAUAUGGGAGGGUCUGGGUGGGCAUCUAACCUCGGUGGCGGCUCUGGUUCUCCCCCCUUCUUUACACUGAGUCCGCUCUUGUAGCACUGACCCGUGGAUCAUCGUCGGAGGCUCUGGACUGCGGAUCCUCGCCGUAGGCCCCGGGCUGGGGACCGUCGCUGGAGACCCCGGACUGGGGACCGGACUGUGGCCCGCCCUUGGAGGUUCCGGUCUGUGGCCCGUCAUUGGAGGUUCCGGUCUGUGGCCCGUCGUUGGAGGUUCCGGUCUGUGAACUGUCGCCGGACGCUCUGGACUGGGUACUGUCGCCGGACGCUCUGGACUGCCGAGGCUCACUAUAGGCCUGGUGCGUGGUGCCGGCACUGGUGGCACCGGGCUGGGGACACGCACCUCAGGGCGAGUGCGGGAGUAGGAACAGGGCGUACUGAACCCUGGAGGCGCACUGGAGGCCUGCUGCAAAUGCAGGGCGCUGGCACAGGACGCACUGGGCUGUGCAGACCCACCGGAGACACAGUACGUAGAGCCGGCGCAGGAUAUCCUGGUCCAAAGAGGUAUACUGAGACCAGGAGCGCUGAGCCGGCACCCUCCUUCCUGGCUGGAUGCCCAUUCUAGCCCGGCCAAUGCGAGGAGCUGGAAUAGAUUGCACCGGGCUAGAAUAGCGCACUGGAGACACUGUGCGCUCCACCGCAUAACACGGUGCCUGUCCAGUAACACGCUCCCCACAGUAAGCACGAGGAGUAGGCUCAGGUGUCUGACCUGACUCAUGCAAUCUCCUUGUGUCCCCCCAAAGGUUAUUGGGGCUGCCUCUCGGGCUUCCGUGCUAGCCGUGUACCUUCAUAUCAUCGCUGUUCCUCUAUUCUCAAGUAUUUAUCGUCGUAGUAUCGCUGUUCCGCUUUCGCUGCCUCUAACUCCUCCUUAUGAUGGCGAAUACUCCCCCGGCUGUGUCCAGGGUCCUGCUCCAUCUAAUAUCUCCUCCCAGGUCCAUUUCCCCAUUAAGCGCUGUUCCUCCUUUUCACGCUGCUUGGUCCUGGUUUGGUGGGUUAUUCUGUCAUGUUCGUCAUAACGAUGAGACCAAGGCGCAGCGUGAUAUGAACACAUUCCUCUUUAAUUAACGAAGAACACUUAAACAAACUAACAAAACAACCGUGACGCUAUGAUAAAUCGAAUGCUGACAUGCAACUACACAUAGACAAUAGACAACGAUAAACAGCUGCCUCUGAUUGGGAACCAAUUCAGGCCACCAUAGACCUACAUUUACCUAGACAUACCAAAACCCCAUAGAUAUACAAAAAACCCUAGACAGAACAAAAACACACAUACCACCCUCGUCACACCCUGACCUAACCAAAACAAUAAAGAAAACAAAGAUAACUAAGGUCAGGGCGUGACACAAUACCACAUAGAGACAAAGCAAAAACAAGUUUUGGAAAUUGUUGCAAAUUUAUAAGAAAAGAAGAAAAAAAUGCGAAAGGGGAAAUUUGACAUUUACAUAAGUAUUAAAACCUCUUUGGGCUAGACAUUCCGGUAGCGCCCCACCUCGACAACAUCCCUUGAAAUUGCAGAGCGCGGAAUUAGAAAUGCAAAAACCAUAAUAUUAAACAUUAAUGAAAAUACAAGUAUCAUACAUCAUUUAAAAGCUUAACUUCUUGUUAAUCCAGCCUCUUUGUCAGAUUUCAAAAAGGCUUUACGGAGAAAGCAUACCAUGCGAUUAUCUGAGGACAGUGCUCCGUGUACAAAAGCAUUAAAAACAUUUUCCAAACCAGCAGAGGGGUCACGAAAGUCAGAAAUUGCGAUAAAAUAAAUUAUUUACCUUUGAAGAUCUUCCUCUGUUUGCAAUCCCUAGGGUCCCAGCUACAAAACAAAUGGUUGUUUUGUUCAAUAAAGUCCUUCUUUAUAUCCCCAAAAAGUUAUUUUAGUUGGCGGGCUUAAUUCAGUAAUCCACCUGUUCCACUCAUUCAAGAUGCAUACAAAGGAAUCCCAAAAGUUACCAAUAAACUUUGUCCAAACAAGUCAAACAACGUUUCUAACCAAUCCUCAGGUACCCUAAUAUGUAAAUAAACGAUCAAAUUUAAGACGUAGAAUAGUGUGUUCAAUACUGGAGAUAAAUAACGAAGUGCGCGCGCCAGAACACUACAGUCAAAAUGAGAGCCACCUAGAAAAACUACAAAUUCUAGCAAAUUUUUCAAAAAACAAGCCUGAAACCCUUUCUAAAGACUUAUGACAUCUAGUGGAAGCCAUAUGAACUGCAAUAUGGGAGGUAUUCCUUUGAAUCUCCCAUAAACAAGGAUUUGAAUGGGCUGUGAUCUCAACAAAAUGAAAAAUCUGUAUGGAUUCUCCUCUGAUUUCCACCUGCCAUAUCUGUUCUGUUAUACUGCUUCCAAGAUGGUGUAGCAGUCAGGCGUACUUGUCCUUCGUCUUGUCGUGUCCCAUGUAUAUGUUUAUAUAUUUUUCUUCGCAUAUCUUUUUAUAUUUUUCUAAACCCUUAUUUCAAGAUACUCUCCUGCAACCCGCGUCACCCAAUGUGGUGUGGACCUGCUUUUUCUCUAACAUAUUUUUCUUUGCCACUUCCUGGAACCUCUCCAACAUAAACUAGCCAGCUAACUAGCCAGCUAAUCGGUCAUCAGCUAACCUUAGCUCGGAAAGCUCUCGCCAGUUUGUACAACGCGAUUCAACCAGAGCAUACCAGACCUAUUUUUAUUCUCUCCAUAUCCCCGGAUUCCUAUCGCAAGCUCUGAACCCUUUCACCUUCCAACCUUCGCAGCUAACGUCCCCUGAAUGCUAGCUGUCUAGAGCACAACGGACUGUUGGCUUACGAGGCCCAUCGAAUACAUUCCGAAGCCACUAGCUAGCAGUCAGCUAUCCUUUGCUAGCGGUCAUCAGCUACCUUUAUCCCGGACAACUCUCGCCAGUCUGUACAGCGUGACUCAAACCAGAGCUAGUUGGACUUAUUCUUCUCGAUAUCUCCAGAUUCCUACCGCAAGAUCUGAAACUAUUUUUUAUUUUUUUCAUUUAAUUAAAAAACAUUUUUAUUAUGAUAUUUUUUAUAUAUAUAUUUUUCCACCUGGAAUUAUAGCAGCUAACAACCCCUGAACGUACAGCCUCUAAUCUGCGGCCUGCUAGCUAUUUUAAGCACAUUGGACUGCUGACUUAAGAGGCCCUUCGGACAUAUUUCUUUAGCCACUAUACAUAUUUUGCCAAUUGGCCUGGUUUACCACACGGAGCCCUGCUGAUCCGCUGAUGUAACUGCACGAGGGGGGCACAACAGACUUCCCUCCGUCGCGUUAUCCCUCUAAGGCCUUUCUGUUAGCCUGCUAGCCCCGUGUCGCUAGCUGCUUGAAACCACGCACUGGACUUGUAUGAUCACCCGGCAACGCAUGCCUUUCCCAAACGUCACCAUGCCAUGUCGAUUGCUUUUCUGGUUUGUAACUAUUGUUUUAUUUCACUGUAGAGCCUCUAGCACUGCUCAACACUGCUCAACACGCUAACAAUUUAGUUCCACCCCCCCCCCACACGCAGUGACAUCACCUGGUUUAAAUGCUAUUUCUAGAGACAAUAUCUAUUUUAUUAUCACUAUAUGCACAGGUUUACCCCCACUGUAUUCACAUCCUACUAUACCUUUGUCUGUACAUUAUGCCUUGAAUAUAUUCUACCGUGCCCAGAAAUCUGCUCCUUUUACUCUCUGUUCUGAACGUACUAGGUGUCCAGUUCUGUUAGCCUUUAGCCAAACCCUUAUCCUACUCCUCCUCUGUUCCUCCGGUGAUGUAGAGGUUAAUCCAGGCCCUGCAGUGUCUACCUCCACUCCCAUCCCCCAGGCUCUCUCAUUUGUUGACUUCUGCAACCGUAAAAGCCUUGGUUUCAUGCAUGUUAACAUUAGAAGCCUCCUCCCUAAGUUUGUUUUAUUCACUGCCCUAGCACACUCCACCAAUCCGGAUGUCCUAGCCGUGUCUGAAUCCUGGCUUAGGAAGACCAUCAAAAACCUUGAAAUUUCCAUUCCUAACUAUAACAUUUUCCGACAAGAUAGAACUGCCAAAGGGGGUGGUGUUGCAAUUUACUGCAAAGAUAACCUGCAGAGUUCUGUCUUACUAUCCAGGUCUGUACUGAAACAAUUUGAGCUUCUACUUCUAAAAAUUAACCUUUCCAGAAACAAGUCUCUCACCGUUGCUGCUUGCUAUUGACCACCCUCUGCCCCCAGCUGUGCCCUCGACACCAUAUGUGAUUUGAUUGCCCCCCAUCUAUCUUCUGAGCUCGUGCUGCUAGGUGACCUAAACUGGGACAUGCUUAACACCCCGGCCAUCCUACAAUCUAAGCUUGAUGCCCUCAAUCUCACACAACUUAUCAAUGAACCUACCAGAUAUAACCCCAAAUCCGUAAACAUGGGCACCCUCAUAGAUAUCAUCCUAACUAACUCACCCUCCAAAUACACCUCUGUUGUUUUCAACCAAGAUCUCAGCGAUCACUGCCUCGUUGCCUGCAUCCGUAAUGGGUCUGUGAGCAAAUGACCACCCCUCAUCACUGUCAAACACUCCCUAAAACACUUCUGCGAACAGGCCUCUCUAAUCGACCUGGCCGGGGUAUCCUGGAACGACAUUGACCUCAUCCCGACAGUAGAGGAUGCCUGGUUAUUCUUUAAAAGCGCCUUCCUCACCAUCUUAAAUAGGCACGCCCCAUUCAAAAAAUGUAGAAUCAGGAAUAGAUAUAGCCCUUGGUUCACUCCAGACCUGUCUGCCCUUGACCAGCACAAAAACAUCCUGUGGCGCUCUGCAUUAGCAUCAAAUAGCCCCGUGAUAUGCAACUUUUCAGGGAAGUUAGGAACCAAUAUGCACAGGCAGUUAGGAAAGCUAAGGCUAGCUUUUUUAAACAGAAAUUUGCAUCCUGCAGUACAAACUCAAAAAAGUUCUGGGACACUGUAAAGUCCAUGGAGAGUAAGAGCACCUCGUCCCAGCUACACACUACUCUGGGGCUAGGAAACACUGUUACAACCGACAAAUCCACUAUAAUUGAGAAUUUCAAUAAGCAUUUCUCUACGGCUGGCCAUGCUUUCCACCUGGCUACCCCUACCCAGGUCAACUGCCCGGCACCCUCCACAGCAACCCGCCCAAGCCCUCACCAUUUCUCCUUCACCCAUAUCCAGAUAACUGAUGUACUGAAAGAGCUGCAAAAUCUGGACCCCUACAAAUCAGCCGGGCUAGAUAAUCUGGACCCUCUCUUUCUUAAAUUAUUUGCCGAAAUUAUUGCAACCCCUGUUACUAGCCUGUUCAACCUCUCUUUUGUAUCGUCUGAGAUUCCCAAAGAUUAGAAAGCUGCCGCGGUCAUCCCAGUCUUCAAAGGGGGAGACACUAUAGACACAAACUGCUACAGACCUAUAUCUAUCCUACCCUGCAUCUCUAAGGUCUUCGAAAGCCAAGUUAACAAACAGAUUACUGACCAUUUUCAAUCACAUCGUACCUUCCCCGCUAUGCAAUCUGGUUUCCGAGCUGGUCAUGGGUGCACCUCAGCCAUGCUCAAGGUCCUUAACGAUAUCAUAACCGCCAUCGAUAAGAGACAUUACUGUGCAGCUGUAUUUAUCGACCUGGCCAAGGCUUUCGACUCUGUCAAUCACCACAUUCUUAUUGGCAGACUCAACAGCCUUGGUUUCUCAAAUUAUUGCCUCGCCUGGUUCACCAUCUCCUUCUCUGAUAGAGCUCAGUGUGUCAAAUCGGAGGGCCUGUUGUCCGGACCUCUGGCAGUCUCUAUGGGGGUGCCACAGGGUUAAAUUUUUUCGGGUCAACUCUCUUCUCUGUAUACAUCAAUGAUGUCGCUCUUGCUGCUGGUGAUUCUCUAAUCCACCUCUACGCAGACGACACCAUUCUGUAUACUUCUGGCCCUUCUUUGGACACUGUGUUAACUAAUCUCCAGACGAGCUUCAAUGCCAUUCAACUCUCCUUCCGUGGCCUCCAACUGCUCUUAAACGCAAAUUAAACUAAAUGCAUGCUAUUCAACCGAUCAUUGCCCGCACCUGCCCGCCCAUCCAGCAUCACUACUCUGGACGGCUCUGACUUAGAAUACGUGGAUAACUACAAAUACCUAGGUGUCUGGCUAGACUGUAAACUCUCCUUCCAGACUCACACUAAGCAUCUCCAAUCAUGCUGCCAAACAUACCCUCGUAAAACUGACCAUCCUACCGAUCCUUGACUUCGGCGAUGUCAUCUAUAAAAUAGCCUGCAACACUCUACUCAGCAAACUGGUUGUAGUCUAUCACAGUGCCAUCCGUUUUGUCACCAAAGCCCCAUAUACUAACCACCACUGUGACCUAUACGCUCUCGUUGGCUGGCCUUCGCUUCAUACUCAUCUCGCUGGUCACCAUAGCAGCACCCACUCGUAGCACCCGAUCCAGCUGGUAUAUCUCAUUGGUCACCCCCAAAGCCAAUUCCUCCUUUGGUCGCCUUUCCUUCCAGUUCUCUGCUGCCACUGACUGGAACGAACUGCAAAAAUCACUGAAGCUGGAGAUUCCCAUCUCCCUCACUAGCUUUAAGAACCAUCUGUCAGAGCAGCUCACAGAUCACUGCACCUGUUCAUAGCCCAUCUGUAUACAGCCCAUCUAUCUACCUCAUUCCCAUACUGUAUUUAUUUGCACCACAGUAUAUCUCUACUUGCACAUCCAUCUUUUGCACAUCUACCAUUCCAGUGUUUAAUUGCCAUAUUACAUUUACAUUUACAUUUAAGUCAUUUAGCAGACGCUCUUAUCCAGAGCGACUUACAAAUUGGUACAUUCACCUUAUGACAUCCAGUGGAACAGCCACUUUACAAUAGUGCAUCUAAAUCUUGUAAUUACUUCGCCACCAUGGCCUAUUUAUUGCCUUAACUCCCUUAUUUGACCUUAUUUGCACUCACUGUAUAUAGACGUUGUCUUAUUUUUUACUGUAUUUUUUACUGUGUUUUGUUCUUUCCAUGUGUAACUCUGUGUUGUUGUAUGUGUCGAACUGCUAUGCUUUAUCUUGGCCAGGUCGCAGUUGCAAAUGAGAACUUGUUCUCAACUAGCUUACCUGGUUAAAUAAAGGUGAAAAAAAAAUACUCACAGACAUUAUUGUAACAGUUUUAGAAACUUCAGAGUGUUUUCUAUCCAAUACUACCAAUAUAUGCAUAUCCUAGCUUCUGGGCCUGAGUAACAGGUAGUUUACUUUGGGCACCUCCGAAUGUUGCCUCCUAUUCUGAAGAAGUUAAGACUAGAGGUCGACCGAUAAUGAUUUUUCAACGUCGAUACCGAUACCGAUUAUUGGAGGACCAAAAAAGCCGAUGCCGAUUAAUCGGCCGAUUAAAAAAAAAACAUUUAUUUGUAAUAAUGACAAUUACAACAAUAUUGAAUGAACACCUAUUGUAACUUAAUAUAACACAUAGAUAAAAUCAAUUUAGCCUCAAGUAAAUAAUGAAACAUCUUAAAUUUGGUUUAAAUAAUGGAAAAACCAAGUGUUGGAGAAGAAAGUAAAAGUACAAUAUGUGCUAUGCAAGAAAGCUAACCUUUCAGUUCCUUGCUCAGAACAUGAGAACAUAUGAAAGCUGGUGGUUCCUUUUAACAUGAGUCUUCAAUAUUCUAAGGUAAGAAGUUUUAGGUUGUAGUUAUUAUAGGAAUUAUAGGACUAUUUCCCUCUAUACCAUUUCAUUAACCUUUGACUAUUGGAUGUUCUUAUUGGCACUUUAGUAUUGCCAGUGUAACAGUAUAGCUUCUGUCCCUCUCCUCGUUCCUCCCUGGGCUCGAACCAGCAACACAACGACAACAGCCACCAUCGAAGCAGCGUUACCCAUGCAGAGCAAGGGGAACAACUACUAGAAGGCUCUGAGCGAGUGACGUUUGAAACGCUAUUAGCGCUCGCUAACUAGCUAGCCAUAUCACUUCGGUUACACCAGCUUAAUCUCGGGAGUUGAUAGGCUUGAAGUCAUAAACAGCGCAAUGCUUGACGCACAACGAAGAGCUGCAGGCAAAACACAUGAAAGUGCUGUUUGAAUGAAUGUUUACGCACCUGCUUCGGCCUUCCACCGCUCAGUCAGAUACUUAGAUACUUUUAUGCUUGUAUGCUCAGUCAGAUUAUAUGCUAUGCAGGACACGCUAAAUAAUAUCUAGUAAUAUCAUCAACCAUGUGUAGUUAACUAGUGAUUAUGAUUGAUUGUUUUUUAUAAGAUAAGUUUAAUGCUAGCUGGCAACUUACCUUGGCUUACUGCAUUCGCGUAACAGGCAGUCUCCUUGUGGAGAGCAACGAGAGAGAGGGAGAGAGAGGCAGGUCGUUAUUGCGUUGGACUAGUUAACUGUAAGGUUGCAAGAUUGGUUCCCCCAAGCUAACAAGGUGAAAAUCUGUCAUUUUGCUCCUGAACAAGGCAGUUAACCCACCGUUCCUAGGCCAGGUUUCCUCCAGACUCUUGGUAUUCAAUAUUGGUUACACCAGACCAGAUAAUCUUGUUUAUCAUGGUCUCCAAGCAGGCUGUCUUGUGCCUUUUACUCAGGAGUGACUUCAGUCUGGCCACUCUACCAUAAAGGACAGAUUGGUGGAGUGCUGCAAUGAUGGUUGUCCUUCUGGAAGGUUCUCCCAUCUCCAGAGAGGAACUCUGGAGCUCUGUCAGAGUGACCAUCAAGUUCUUGGUCACCUCCCUGACCAAGCACUUCUCCCUCUAUUGCUCAGUUUGGCUGGGCAUGAUGCCUUCUAAUUGUAGUCGACUGUACUCACCUUACGGCGAGGAUAGCUGUGCUACAAGCCCAGCUUCAGACGCAAUCGUUAGGCAAGGGUAAUUUCAGUGUAGGAAAGGAUGAAACAGCGUCUGUGACACCAGUAAGUACAGAUAGUAGUAUAAAUCCCCUGGCACAGUCCCCGCAGCCGGACAACUUUCUCACGGUUUCUGGAAGGAAAUGCUGUAGGAAAGCUCAACCGGUGUCGCUCAUUCAGCCGACAGAAACUUUCAACUGGUUUUCCCCAUUAAGCAGCGGGUCGGAGUCAGAGGCCGAGUCUUCUCUGGUCUCUACUCCUCCCGUUACGGGGUCUGAGACGCCGAAGCUUCCCACCAUUAGCUCUGACAAAUUGAAAACUCUAGUCAUUGGCGACUCCAUUACCCGCAGUAUUAGACUUAAAAUGAAUCAUCCAGCGAUCAUACACUGUUUACCAGGGGGCAGGGCUACCAACGUUAAGGCUAAUCUGAAGAUGGUGCUGGCUAAAUCUAAAACUGGCGAGUGUAGAGAGUAUAGAGAUAUUGUUAUCCACGUCGGCACCAACGAUGUUAGGAUGAAACUGCUGCGUGCAUAUCAGCUAGAAAGAUGUGUCGGCAUCGAGUAAUUGUCUCUGGCCCCCUCCCAGUUAGGGGGAGUGAUGAGCUCUACAGCAGUCUCACAACUCAAUCGCUGGUUGAAAACUGUUUUCUGCCCCUCCAAAAAGAUAGAAUUUGUAGAUAACUGGCCCUCUUUCUGGGACUCGCCCACAAACAGGACCAAGCCUGACCUGCUGAGGAGUGACGGACUCCAUCCUAGCUGGAGGGGUGCUCUCAUCUUAUCUACCAACAUAGACAGGGCUCUAACUCCUCUAGCUCCACAAUGAAAUAGGGUGCAGGCCAGGCAGCAGGCUGUUAGCCAGCCUGCCAGCAUAGUGGAGUCUGCCACUAGCACAGUCAGUGUAGUCAGCUCAGCUAUCACCAUUGAGACCGUGUCUGUGCCUCGACCUAGGUUGGGCAAAACUAAACAUGGCGGUGUUCGCCUUAGCAAUCUUACUAGGAUAAAGACCACCUCCAUUCCUGUCAUUACUGAAAGAGAUCACGAUACCUCACAUCUCAAAAUAGGGCUACUUAAUGUUAGAUCCCUUACUUCAAAGGCAAUUAUAGUCAAUGAACUAAUCACUGAUCAUAAUCUUGAUGUGAUUGGCCUGACUGAAACAUGGCUUAAGCCUGAUGAAUUUACUGUUUUAAAUGAGGCCUCACCUCCUGGCUACACUAGUGACCAUAUCCCCCGUGCAUCCCGCAAAGGCGAAGGUGUUGCUAACAUUUACGAUAGCAAAUUUCAAUUUACAAAAAAAAAAAAUGACGUUUUCGUCUUUUGAGCUUCUAGUCAUGAAAUCUAUGCAGCCUACUCAAUCACUUUUUAUAGCUACUGUUUACAGGCCUCCUGGGCCAUAUACAGCGUUUCUCACUGAGUUCCCUGAAUUCCUAUCGGACCUUGUAGUCAUAGCAGAUAAUAUUCUAAUCUUUGGUGACUUUAAUAUUCACAUGGAAAAGUCCACAGACCCACUCCAAAAGGCUUUCAGAGCCAUCAUCGACUGGGUUUUGGCCCAGGGUCCGGGGGUGUCCUCGGAUGGGGCCACAGUGUCUCCUGAAUCCUCCUGUCUCAGCCUCCAGUAUUUAUGCUGCAGUAGUUUGUGUCGGGGAGCUAGGGUCAGUUUGUUAUAUCUGGAGUACUUCUCCUGUCCUAUUCGGUGUCCUGUGUGAAUCUAAGUGUGCGUUCUCUAAUUCUCUCCUUCUUUCUUUCUCUCUCUCGGAGGACCUGAGCCCUAGGACCAUGCCCCAGGACUACCUGACAUGAUGACUCCUUGCUGUCCCCAGUCCACCUGGCCAUGCUGCUGCUCCAGUUUCAACUGACCUGAGCCCUAGGACCAUGCCCCAGGACUACCUGACAUGAUGACUCCUUGCUGUCCCCAGUCCACCUGGCCAUGCUGCUGCUCCAGUUUCAACUGUUCUGCCUUACUGUUAUUUGACCAUGCUGGUCAUUUAUGAACAUUUGAACAUCUUGGCCAUGUUCUGUUAUAAUCUCCACCCGGCACAGCCAGAAGAGGACUGGCCACCCCACAUAGCCUGGUUCCUCUCUAGGUUUCUUCCUAGGUUUUGGCCUUUCUAGGGAGUUUUUCCUAGCCACCGUGCUUCUACACCUGCAUUGCUUGCUGUUUGGGGUUUUAGGCUGGGUUUCUGUACAGCACUUUGAGAUAUCAGCUGAUGUACGAAGGGCUAUAUAAAUAAAUUUGAUUUGAUUUGAUUUGGGCGCCAGCUCUAGGAAUAGUCUUGGUGGUUCCAAGCUUCUUUCAUUUUACAAUGAUGGAGGCCACUGUCAUGACGUUGCCGUCUUUGGGUACAGCGAGCACCAUCACCCGCUCUCUGCUCCUUCAACCAGGCUGCUGUGGUCAGUGAGGUCGUAUAUUCCUAGGGAAGAGCCUGCCACAUGGCCACACAGUAUAGAGAUAGAGUGAAGUUUCAUAGAUAAUAAAGGAAUUUCUUCCACCUCACAAAACUUGAGAUCCGAACAACGUUUACGUUCCCGGAGAAGGUAUAAAAGAUCGGUGAAGAAUCUAGCUACGAACUGGUCCGUUUGUUACAACUUGGGGAAGCUCAUGGGAGAUGGUGCGGCAACAUUACCGUAACGCUGUUUAUAUAAUAGCCUCAGAUAUGAGGUUUACAUCUAAUUUUUGUAUAAGAUGAAUGAUGCCUUUUCACUCUGAGGACCCCGAUGGCUACCUGAGGCCAGUGAUGUUGGCCAUGCAGCACUACAACUCCUCAGGCCUGGCUGCCCCCAAUCUCCUCCCCAACCAGACCUGGGGGGUGGAGAGUGUGCCGGCCAUGGCCUGGAGGGCAAACAUCACCACAGAGAGGCCCAUGUCUCCCCCCAGUAACCCCACUGCAGCUGGCCUCUCCAUGACCCUGGGCAUCCUGUCCAACAUCGUGGCCCUGGUCAUCCUGGCGAAAGCCUAUGCCCGUCUGCGCCGCCGCUCCAAGGCCACCUUCCUGCUCUUCGCCAGUUCCCUGGUGGCCACAGACUUUGCCGGCCACGUCAUCCCCGGUGCCCUGGUGUUGAGGCUGUACUCAGCUGGGGCUGCGACUGGGCCCUUAGGUCUCGCUGCUACCGAUGCCCCCUGCCAGUUCCUAGGGGGUAGCAUGGUGUUCUUCGGCUUGUGCCCAUUGUUCCUGGGCUGUGCCAUGGCUGCUGAGCGCUGCCUGGGUGUCACACAGCCCCUGCUCCAUGCCUCACUGGUCACCACGGCUCGCACCAAGAUGGCACUAGCUCUCAUCUGGCUGCUGGCUCUGUGUGUGGCCUUCCUUCCCUUCUUCAGGCUGGGGGCCUACACCUACCAGUACCCCGGGACCUGGUGCUUCAUCAGUGUCCUGGGAGAGACUCAGGAGACGGACGUCGCCUUUGUCAUGCUGUUCUCUGGACUGGGCCUGGCCUCUCUGACUGUGGCCCUGGUGUGUAAUACCAUCAGUGGGGUCACGCUGGUGCUUGCCAGACUGCGUAAGAAGUGUAAGACCUGCUACCGUCGCUCAGCCAAGUCCCAUGACAUUGAGAUGGUGGCCCAGCUGGUGGGCAUUAUGAUCACUUCUUGCAUCUGCUGGAGCCCCCUGCUGAUCUUUGGCCUGAUGUCAGUCACAUGGUCCUAUAGCGGUUCCAUAGGCAAUGACCAGGACACAUACAGGAGGUUGAUGGUGAUGGGUGUCCGGCUGGCCUCCUGGAACCAGAUCCUGGACCCCUGGGUCUACAUUUUGCUGCGCCGGGCCGUGCUGAGGAAGAUCUAUCGCAUCACCAAGAGCCAGGCCAGCUUCAAGAACAGCACCUUCCGCCAUUGGGACAUCAGCUCCUUCCAGAACUCUGAGAAAAUAAACACUGUCAACAGGAUCUGAGGGAGAAGAAAACACACAGACAGAAAGAGACUGGCAUCUUAUCAUGGUCCUUUGUUGUUCUUUGGGCUUUAUUUGCCACCCAACUCAACAUGCUGGAUUGAGGAGAAGACUGAACAUCCAGCAGUAGGAUCUAACAGCAGUGUUGGUGUUUCACACAAAAGGAAAUACCUAUUGCCUAUAAGACCUAUAUUCCUUUAUUGAGAACUGUGUGGGUCUGCCUGACUGUGAAAGUCUAUGGGGUUUGGGAUUGAAAUCAUCAUCCUCCAGAUCUUGGAUCUCUUUCAGAUUUAUUUGAUUGGUCAGUAAGACCUGCUUUGACUGUUGUGUGGAGAAGUCUCAUCAUUUUAUGGGAAACAGCCAAGCCAGACUAUACUCAAACAAAUGAAAUGUCAUAAAUGGAUUUAUAACAAAACAUUCUGACCAAGUAAGGACAGUAUGCCUCACCUGGACACUGGAGACAUAGCACAGAUAAAUCUGCCCAAGGAGAAGGGUUUGUUGUAAAAGUGUCUGGUAGGUCACGCAACAUGAGUCUUUCUCUGUGUACAUAACUGUACAUGAAAUUAAGCUGCCUAUAAGAUAUCAACAACAAACAUCUCAAAUUAUAUAUACGUGUUUGUGUGUGUUACUGUCAGUGUUUUUGGAGUUCAUGCUUUGUUUGUUUGUGGAAAUGUCAAAGUGCACUUUGACACAUCAUGAAGUCAGUGGCACUAUGCCAAAGCAAAGUAAAGGCUGUGCUUUUACCUGUGCUUGAAGAUGUGAAAGACAUACAGUAUGUGUCAAACUUGUAAUGCUAUUGACGUGUGAAUUGUGUGUGUGUGUGUGUGUGUGUGUGUGUGUGUGUGUGUGUGUGUGUGUGUGUGUGUGUGUGUGUGUGUGUGUGUGUGUGUGUGUGUGUGUGUGUGUGUGUGUGUGUGUGUGUGUGUGUGUGUGUGUGUGUGUAUUUAUUGCUUAUAUUGUUUACCCAAUUGUCUGGGGACCUAAAUGAAGCUAAGUGUUGCAAAAGCUAUAGAAUUUAAUGUUGUCUAAUAAAGUUUAAGUUGCCGGUUAUCCUUUUUUUACUGAAAAACAUAUAUGAUUUUAUUUUUCUUUAAAAGAAAAUGUAUCCCAGCCCCCGCCGUCCCCGCAGGAGGUAUUUUGCCGUUCCAUAGGCCGUCAUUGUAAAUAAUAUUUUUUUCUUAACUGACUU